AUGGACAGGCAGAGGAUAGCGUACAAGACUCCAAUUGGACUCUCUCCGUUUCAGCUUGUAUAUGGGAAGGCCUGUCAUCUCCCAGUUGAGUUGGAGCAUAAGGCCUAUUGGGCUUUGAAAGCAUUAAACUUUGAUUUGAAAGCUGCAAGUGAAAAGAGAAAGCUUCAGCUACACGAGCUUGAAGAAAUGCGGUUACAGGCCUAUGAAUCUUCCCAGAUCUAUAAGAGCAAGGUGAAGUCUUACCAUGAUAGGAUGAUUGUCCAGAGAAACUUCCAACCAGGCCAACAGGUGUUGCUGUUUAAUUCCAGGUUGAGACUAUUCCCUGGAAAGCUCAAGUCCAAAUGGUCAGGCCCAUUUGUGAUUAAAUCAGUUAAGCCAUAUGGGGCAGUGGAGUUGGAAGAGCCAAAUUCUGGGAGAUCUUGGAUGGUAAAUGGUCAGAGAGUUAAGCCAUACUUGGGUGGUGAGGUUGAGAAACUUACCACUGUUGUUCACCUCAAUGAUCCAUGA